AUGGAUGAGUUUCAAAGGCAGCCACCACUGUUCUGUGAACUCUGGAGCCUGUGCCAGGACUACCAGGGCGGGGCGCUGGCGGGCGACCUCUGCGAGGACCUGUGCGUGGCGGGGAGGCUGCGGUACCAGCGCUGCCUGUACUACGAGAGGGGCAAGAAGGUGCUGCAGGCGGACUGGCGCGGCCGCCCGGUCAUCCUCAAGUCCAAGGAGGAGGCCUUCUCCAGCUUCCGGCCGCCUGGCCUGAUGGAGGACCAGGCCGAGGACGGAGGCCAGGGUUUCCCGGAGGCAGAGCUGCUCCUGCUGGUGGCGGGGGAGGUCAAGAGCGCCCUGGGCCUGGAGCUGGCGGCCGGCAGCCUGGGGCCGCUGUGGCCGGGGGGCCGGGGUGCGCGCUGGCGGGGCCAGCUGGCCAGCCUGUGGUCGCUGGCGCAGCAGGAGGAGUUCGUGCUGCUCAGCAUGCUGCACGGCCUCAGCCCGCACGCCCCGCCGCUGCUGGGCUCCUGCGGCCACUUCUACGCGGUGGAGUACCUGGCAGCGGGCAGCCCCCACCACAGGGCUCUCUUCCCCCUGGAGGGGGCCUCGCGGGGCCAGGCCCAGGCCGUCAGCGACAUGGCCCUCAGCUUCCUGGACCUGGUGAGACAUUUCGACAACGACUUCUCCCACCGCCUCCACCUCUGCGAUGUCAAGCCCGAGAACUUUGCCAUCAGGAGGGACUUCACGGUCGUGGCUAUCGAUGUGGACAUGGCUUUUUUUGAACCUAAAAUGAGGGAAAUUCUCGAGCAGAAUUGCACGGGAGAUGAAGACUGCAAUUUCUUUGACUGUUUCUCAAAGUGCGAUCUCAGAGUCAACAAGUGUGGUGCGCAGAGAGUCAACAGCAACCUGCAGGUCGUCUGUGACAAAAUAUUCCGACACUGGUUCUCCUCGACUCUCCAGAACUCUGCCAUUUCCUUCCAGCUCCAGCGGCAGCUGCGGGAGGCUGUGCAGGAGUGCGCAGACCCAGGUGGCCCCCAGAGAGCAGCCCCCACCAUGUUCUGGAGACUUCAGCGCCUCCUCCAAGCUGCUCUGAGGGAACUGCGGGAGGCGGAGAAGUAGCCACGGCAGCCUUUAAAAUGCUUACUCAGGAGAGGUGACCUCUACGUGGUUUUAAAGAGGAGACAUUGUCACUGUGCAAAUGAUGGUCUCUGAGAUACUGCGGCCUCCUAAAGAGCGAGGUCACCUAAUGCCGUCUCCAUCGUGCGUCCACUGUUGUGGCGUGCGUGUCCUUCUGUCCUGUCUUGUCCUGGCUUGAUUGCUUGUUUGGAGAGACCACCCUGGCCUCUGACCGUCACUCCUUGGAAGGUGACAUGAGGGAGGUCGGCACAGAGCUUUUAGCUGUUGGAGGACCCUCCCUCCGAAACAGCCCAAAUGCCAACGUGCGAUUGUUCUCACAAGAACAAGUGCUCACACUCAGCACAGACGUUUCCAACUCUUCUCGCUGCAAAUGGUUGUCAGGUAAAAAAAUGCACAUGUGUACAUAGGUGUGUGUACAUCUGUGUGUGCACAUAUGUGAGCACACAUGCCUAAGUGAGCAGGUGAGAGUGAACAGGUGAGUGUGUGAGGUGUGUGUGAGAGCAGGUGAGGUGUGUGCGCUGUGGGAUGGGGGAAGGUGGUUCUCCAAUGUGUCCUGUGGGACCACUGGCCCAGCUAGCCAGGAAAGUCUCCUUUCCUCUGGAAUUAAACACAGUAAAAACAACAGCUGCCUUGUUAGACAGUGCGGUUUGUGUUGGAGAGUGCGUGAGGGACACCUUUUGCUGGUAUUGGUUGUGAGGGCCCUGUGGGCUGUGUUUUGGGGAGCACCAUGCCCCUUAGUGCAGUCUGUCCUCCCGGGAGCCGCUUGUGCAGUGACAAACCCCACACUAUUUGUCUGUGCCUUGCCCACCCUUUCGGAUCCAGGCAAAGGGGACAGCCUGCUUGUGUUGUUUGCACACAUUUUCCGGGGUCGGCACCUCGGCUGGCUCUGGGUGGUGACAGCUGAGGCGGAGAACAAUCUAAGGCCCAGCAGCUCUAAGUUCCGUGGCUCCUGAGCGGUGCCUGAAGGCCCGCGGUCCCUGCCAGGCCACUCAUCACCCCCCCGGCACUGUCUCACUUGAAUGAAGUUCCUAAAGGGCCCCGCUCAUCAUAAGCAUGAAGGCCUCUCUCUGCAUCGGCACUCCCUGCAGGAAGCAGGACUCCUGGCUGUCACUUUGUGGCAGAAAAAAAGAACACUAAGGGUUGAUUCCAAAGAGAAGAGAAUGGCCUUUGCCUGGGAGCGGAAGCGGGGCUCUGCGGUGCUGGGGGUCUCAGUGCACCACAGCCCUCUGGUCGGCUUCUCUGUGAGCCAAAGGUUUCCAUGCAGCCCAGGGUGAGGAGGGAGGGGCAGCGGCUUCGGGGUCCGUUGGCUUUGGCACUGUGCGGGCGGUGGGUCUCAGGUGGGUUGAGGGCCGCCCUUAGUGCUGGCCCGGAGCUCCCUGGCCAGGCAGGAGGUCUGGCCCUGGAAAGGGCAGAGGUUUGUUCUCAUUUCGACCCGAAUGGAAACAGAUGUUUUUGUUUAUCGUGGAAACUAUGCAAUAUAUACUUACCCAACACAAUAGUGUUUUUAUUGCUGAAAAGGAGCAGUUUUAUCCCUUUCCCCUUGCGUUUAACCUCUUUCUCCCCCCACCUCCCCUGUCUCACACACACCCACACACACUCGCACGCCCUUUCCCCAUCCUGCCUGCGCAACUGCAUCUACAGCAGUGUUUCUUGAACUAUCCGUGGUAAAGUUCCGCUUUUAUUUUUUGAUUUUUUUGUUUUU